AUGGUCCUGAUGAGAGUGAUGCUGUCGGUGGCCCUCUGCCUGCUGCUGGCGUCUGUCGCCUCUGGCUGCGGACCGGGCAGAGGAUACGGGAAGCGGAGGCAUCCCAAGAAGCUCACACCGCUGGCUCUGAAACAGUUCAUCCCCAACGUGGCAGAGAAAACGCUGGGAGCCAGCGGAAAGUACGAAGGCAAGAUCACCCGCAACUCGGAAAGAUUCAAGGACCUGACUCCCAACUACAACCCCGAUAUUAUUUUUAAGGAUGAGGAGAACACCAACGCGGACCGGCUCAUGACACAACGGUGUAAGGACAAACUGAAUUCUUUGGCUAUUUCAGUCAUGAAUCAGUGGCCUGGGGUUAAACUUCGGGUCACAGAGGGCUGGGAUGAGGACGGCCAUCAUUCUGAGGAGUCUCUGCAUUAUGAGGGCCGAGCGGUUGACAUCACCACCUCAGACCGGGACAAGAGCAAGUAUGGCAUGCUGUCCAGGCUGGCUGUGGAGGCGGGCUUUGACUGGGUAUACUAUGAGUCCAAAGCCCACAUCCACUGUUCUGUGAAAGCAGAAAACUCUGUGGCAGCUAAGUCUGGAGGUUGUUUCCCUGGUUUGUCCACGGUGAUCCUGUCAGAUGGAAGGACUAAACUACUGAAGGAGCUCUGUGUGGGGGACAAGGUGCUGGCUACUGACCAACAAGGAAAUAUUGUUCCCAGUGAUUUUCUUAUGUUCUUGGACCAGGACCAACACAUCACCCGAGAGUUUGUUGUCCUAGAAACUGACGAGCCACGCCGCAGACUGACACUGACUCCAGCUCACCUUGUCUUUGUUAUAAACAACAAUACCCAGAACAGCAACAUUCAGGCCGUGUUCGCCAGUGAUGUAAAACCAGGACAGUGGCUAUAUGCUGUUGGGAAUGACUGGCCCCACCAUCUUAUCUCUGCAAAAGUGAUAAGCAUUUCUGUGGAGCAUAAUGAAGGAUCGUAUGCACCUAUAACAUCUCAUGGAACCAUCAUAGUUGAUGGGGUUUUGGCAUCCUGCUAUGCUGUGGUUGAUAAUCAUCAUCUUGCACACUGGGUUUUCGCUCCAGUACGACUGUGGCACUCCUUCUUGUCACUGGUUGGGCUGUUGAAAGAGCUCGACAGUGUGCAUCAAGCAGAGGGUGUCCACUGGUAUCCAGAGCUCCUGUAUCAUGUUGGAGGUUGGCUUUUGGACAGCAACUCUUUUCACCCACAAAGCUGAGAUAUACUGAAUGUUUUAAAAGACUAUACAUUCACACUGCAGUACAAGAUCAUAUUCUGAAAAAAAGAAUAA